CUGGUAUCUACCCGUUAUCGAUAUAUAACCAUAUACAACCUCCCUUUGAUUUACUAAAUCGACAUUGAGAUAUAAAUCAGCGUAUAAUUUGCUUUGAACGGCGUCGUUUCCAUACGCCUGUUCUGGGCUGCGACCACUAGCGACGUCAAACGGAGCUACAUUCAGGACGCAAGAUGGACGCAAACUUCUGACUUUCUGUUUCUUUUUCGUUUCGCUUUUGGUCGCUCAAGCUACUCUCUAAUAGACACCGCGCCGUCCCUCGCGUAGGCAGCGUGCGCUGUCGAACGAAUUCGAAUCCCAGUCAGAAUUCGAAUUCCGUUAAAAACAGUCCUUCAGACCGAUUCGCUGGCAGUCGUUCUUUUUCACAGCCCAACCUUUGCUGUCUUUAUGUGGAUUCGCUUCCUGGUUGCAACACACAGUCACAGUACAAUUCAAGUCCUUCAAAACGCAGUUCAGCUUGAGAGACCAGUCGUCGAGUAUAAUAAUAUCCCUUACAGCUUGAAAUAAACACUUAAUGACUAUUUUACGGAGAAGGCGGUAUCUUUUUGUUCGUUUGAGUGGAAUGUCGUGAGCCGUCGAGGAUUAGAAGUAUCUAAUAUAUCGAGUGCAAAGCGAAAACCUGGGAUCUAUGCCUCGUCUUCAUGGAGAAUGAGAUUACUCGAUCAACAGAAGGUCUUCUGGAGCCUGUGCAUCCAGGCUCAGUAACCUUUAAUGAAAGCAUUCUUGCUCCACUUCAUAACAAUUAUUUGUAUGAGGAAUCAAAAGAAUGUUUCACGUACAACUCGGCCCAUUUGAUCAACAAUGGCGCUUUGCAAAAACGGUAUGCUGCCUUUCGAUCAGAGAAACGGGAAAAAGGAUAUUCUGAACAGGAACUUGAAGAGUCAUUUGGUUUCCUGUUGUUUGAUGAUGCAGACCGGGCAAAGACAAUUGGAGAAACAGGCUUGUUAGUUGGACGAGCAAAAUGCACUACUCUUGGAGACUCCUCGAAAGGUGUCUAUAUCUCAAAAUAUGCGGACUGCCUUGAUCUGAAGCGCUGGUAUGAUGGCAAGACUGGCUACAUAGUCCUCUUGAAGCUGACCAAGGGGAGAGUGAAAGAGGUUACAGACAACUACACCCAGAAUUUCACUUCUCCGACAGCCGGCUAUGACUGCCACAUAUCAGAUCAGCUUGGUGCUGUGUCUUCAACCACUAGCUCUUUCUUGGCCUAUGAGCGAACACAGUACUACAUUUAUGAACUCUGUGAUGGAAGCAGUGAAAUAGAAAAAUGUCCAAGACAUGCUUGUCCGUUUGCCAUUGUGGCAUUCUCAUAUGGGAAAAUGAGCACCACAUCAGAGUUGGAGCAAAAAAGUUUCUUUUCAAGCCAAGACAAAACAGUGUUUCUUUACCAACCAUGGAGUGGCCAAUUCAAGAUUGAAUCUGCUGUCUAUGAUGUUGGUCUUCAAUCUUCAAGUGGAGCCUGGUUUCCAGCAAAACUCCCAAAGACAGUUAAAAUUGACCAUGCAAUUGGUGUGUCUGAACUGAAGAGGACCUUGCCGCGUGAAAUCUUUGAAACUUGCAUUGUGGGCGAAGUUUGUAUAGGUGGCAGAUGUUUCAACUUGUAUGAUGUUGUCUCCUCUAAGGCGAAAAAUGACCUUGCUCAGAUAGCCCAAGAGCUGAAGCAAAAAGACAUGGCUCUUGUUAUCCCACUGGAAGAUUCUGGGUUCCUUAUACUGUUACACUCUUCGCACCUCUUCUCUUAUGAAGAUGCAAAGUCGGGUAAGGCAGCAGCACUUCAAGGCAUGUUUAUCUUCCCAGACUCAAGAACUGUCCCAAGAGAUGCCAAGACUGACCUGCAAAAUACUAAGGUAUCAACAGAAAUAAUGCAGGUUAUCCCAGCACUCAAUUAUGCAGAAACGGAGAUGGAAAAAAGCCUUCCAAACCAGCAGGGGCCCUCUCAAAUAUCUUUAGAGAAGCAUUUGCAAGACUAUGGGACUCUUUUUCACCCAGGACUAUUGGACGUUCCCACCAGGGAAGCCAGUAUGUUUCCAGAUCAAUAUGAUGUGCCUGGUGGUUUUACCCUAAUAUCACCUAAAUGGUCGAAGGAGGCUGGCACUCGAUUAAAAUCCUAUUUUGAUGAGCCUUGUGGCUUUACGAUUCCAGUAGGGAGGGCGCUGGAGCUACUCACCUCUGGUCGUCAACAGCGUGGUGAUGAUCACGACGACGAUGUCUAUUACUAUAUAUCAUCACCUGAGGAGGUGCCACAGACUGAAGUUGAGGUGACCAAACAAUCGGAGGCCAUCUGUAAUGCCUCUGACAGGACAGCUGAAACAGUUGAGAGACAAAAAGAUGAGCUCAAGCCUUCUUCCACAGAGCAGCCUCAAACUGCUUCGCCAGAAAGACUUGGAAAACUGGGAACAGCUGUAGUUACGGCAGCUGACAGUGUGUUGGAGUAUCCAACUUCCACAGUGUCACCCAAAUUGGGUGAUGUCCCAACAGAGAAUUGUGUAAGUAUUGAGAAUGAUGUUGAGAAAACAUCUCAAGGUAGUACUAAAGGAGAUGCUGGUGGAGACGGUGUAGAUUUAUCUACAAAAGAGACUCCCAUCCAAACUAGGAGUACAAGAUUAAUCAAAUCAACAGAAGAAGGUGCUACUGCUGCAAGCGGGGAGACAGAGGAUACUACACAUCCUGUAAAAACAAAGCCUGAUCCUGAUAAGAAAGUAAACCGGAGAUCCCUUUCAAGGCGUAGAGGUAGGAAGCGCAAAGGUCAUUGGAAAACCAUGCAGAUUAAAAAAGAAGUUCAAAAAAAGAUUGCUUUACCAACUCCAAGUUUGCCUGUCGUUUUGCCAGUGAAUUCUCCCGAAGAACCUAUGAAAGACCAGAUUAAGACUGAAACCGUGCUUGCCGAUGACACCAAUCCAAGACGCCAGUCAACUCGUAGAGGCAAGGGACGCAGGCAAAGGGGUGGGAAUCGAAAUCUGAGCAAAGCCAGACAAGCACAAGAACCUUUAAUAAGUGUGACAACUGAAACUAUAGAUGAUCAAAGUAUAAAAAAUGAGAUGAGUCCUUCAAAAAGAGAUUGGCGGUCUCUUCCAAGGCGUAAAAGAUUGUGGAAUACCGAUGUCAGUCUGAAACGUUCUUUGAGAUCAGAUGCUGUAAAGAACGAUGAGGAGACUACAGUGGAUGUACAGCACAAUGAAACAAAACAAAGCUUGUCUAGCACACCAAAGAGGAAGAUGGAGGGAUUAAAUUUGAGGGAACGAUAUGGUCUGAAGACCAUAAUCACAAACUGUGGUAGAGUCUUUGUCCCGCAUGGUUCAGAUGUUGACGCAGAAUCUGCAAAGAAGGAGAAAAUGCACGUUGAGAUGAGCAUUGACACAAAUGCGGAAACGAUUUCUCCUGUGGAGAACAAAUCCAAACAAUUAGUGGAAAGUACGGGAGAAUCUCCCUCGAUGGGUAAGGAAGAAUUGCCCUCUAAAAAUCCACUGGUCAAUGACGACGAAGACUCAGACAGCACUUCAAACGACAUGCCAAGUGCUCUCUUGUCAGCAUUAAGGAUAUUGAGAAAACUUCACAAUACCCAUCCAUCAGAAAGUGACAAAACGCAGGAUUUAUGUCCAGAAAAGUCUACACCAAAUGGGGCUGUAGGUGUCCAGCAAAAUAACAAAGAUCAUCCUGUUGCUGUUCAAGCAGAUGCAACUUCCAGUGUUCCCGGAGUUUCUGACCAAUCCGUACACAUGGAUCCAAAAGUAUCCUCUCCUGACAAAAUAAAAAAGAAAUCAAAACAUGAAGUGUACAGCGCAAUAUCUAUAAGCAAAUUAAAGACAGUGCUCAGAAGGGGAAAGAGGGUGAAAUCUCCUUCCCCUGGUGACAGUGCAAAAACUGAACCAGAUAACGCAGAGCCAGAGUCAAAAAAAGGGAAGUUGGCCACCAGCAUGGAUCCAAAGUGUGAUACUGCCAAUAAUGAGCUGAAAGACAAAGAAUCACAACCAGUAAAUGAUGAGGCACAGCCUAUGCCAAUGAAAAGUGUGGAGGUGACAAAACAACAUGUGUCAUGGAGAGGUCUUAUUCACAAGGCAUCAAAAGAAAAUGGGUCCCUCAAUUUUGACACAUCAGCACCUUUUGAAAUAGCUAAACACGCUGACCAGCAGCUCAUAUCUUCGCUUAUUGGGGAUAGGGUGGGAAAAAGAAGAAUUAGCACUGAUGGCAAAGCCAGUGCAGAGAGACUGGGCACGGGUGCAUCACUGCCCUCAGAUGCUUUGAGUUUACUGGCUGACUUGGCCCUUGGUGCGAGUAACGAUAAAAUGUUAACGAACUUAGAAGCCAAAGCUGGCCAGGAGGCCCUUGAUGGAGUGAAGGCCACCGGCUCCCCGGAGUCAGUCCUUCAUGCUCUUCUUCGUUAUCCAUCUGCCAGAUUUAAAUUACCUCCCAGGUCUCCUUUCCCAGAAGGUCUUUUAGUGACUGGGGAACUGAUUUUGGAAAUAUCAAAAGAGCAUUCUUACUCACAGCCCACCUCUCCGCUGUCAGGUUUGUCAGGUCCGUCUCCCAAGGUUUCUUCUCCUCCAUCUGGAAUUGUAGAAUCGCCUCUGUCAUUGAAAACUGGGCUUCAUUUGAACCUGCCCAAAGAUGCCGUGGCCUCGAGUCAACAAGAGGAAGGCGGAAAAGCAGAAUGGAAGCGUUUAAUUUCUCCAAAUAAGCAAUUGCCGGAGAUCCUCAAGACGAAACCAAGGAGAUCAAGAAUUUUACGUUACAGAAGCAUAAUCGAAAAGGAGGGAAAGAUUCAAGUGACAAGGAUUUGGAAAGAACCAUAUGAUUUUAAAUUUGACAGCAAGUUCACCAAUGACAGUAAAGACAAAACUGUCUCACGAGCACUUCAUGGGAAGUGGAACUUCAACAUUGAAGACACCUAUGAGGAUGUCCAUCUCAUUUUUCACAUGUGGAUUGGUCUUUUCUAUAGUAAACCCACCUCCAGGUUAUUUCACCUUGAAAACUGUAACGCGCUUCCAAAGGAGAAGGAGGUUGAAAUGGUUCAUUUGGACAUAAAUGCUAUUCAGAAUGCCGUGUCAUUGCUCAAUGUUGAUUUAAGCCAGAAAGCAGACUCUGCCAAGCCUGUGCAUGCUUCAUCAGAGGUUUUGGAUCUUUCUGUGAAAAAUGAUGAGCCUGCAAAUCUUCGAUCAGUCACAAAUCAGAGCAAAAGAAAAGACAGUGCAUCACAACCUGGUGAAACGUCAUCUCAUAAGAAGAAAACUGGACCAAGGUGUUCUGGGACAAGUCUCUCCUCAAAUCCGAAAGUUAGAACAUUGAUGAAUUAUAGAUCUGCUAUGGAUGUACCAGUGGAAAGUUCAGUGCCUGACAACGACAAUGACACUGAUGAUGAAAAUUACAUCACCACUGACUGCUCUUAUUCACAGCUCUUGGAAAAAAACAGUGCAUACAACCAGUUGUGUGAGAAAGCAUCAAAUAUGAGAAUAGGCGUUCGGAUACUUCAACCAAAGGUCAGAAAUGUUACAAAUAAUAAAGCGUCCACCAGCAUAACCACUUCUGGUCAGCAAAAAAUUGGUGUUUUCCAUCAAAUCCUUAGUCCUAUAAAACCAUCAGCAUUCUCAAAACCACAACGUCUGGUUUUGGGUAGGAAAAGUUUUGAUCUGGGUUUAAAGAAUGAAACUGGGCAUGUACUGCAUGCAGUACCGCAAAAGGGGAAUGUAUCUGACUGUGCAGAGAGUAAAAAGAUUUUUGAAGCAAAGAAAGAUGUGUGCCCAGAAGCUGUGGUUGAUGAAAAUGUUGACAAGACAUUAGAACUUAAAACUGGAGCAUCCAUUUUGGUCCAGGAGGAGAGUGUAUCUGUAGCUGAAGAGAGUAAAGUCAUGUCAGAAGAAGAUAGCCAGGAUGGAUGUCUGACGAUUAUGGAAGAUGGAAAUGUUGAAGAAGACAUGAGUUCUGAAACGCCUAGCCAAGAUCAGACUAAUACUGCAGAGCAUAAAGAGACUGCUCAUGCAAAAGAAGAUCUUAACCCUUUACUAGAUCUGACAGAUCACACAAACAUGGUGGAUGAGUCCAGAGACACUUCAUCCCAUGAGACUAAUGUUGAAGAGACUUCUAAUGCAACAGAAGAACCUAAACCUGACACAAGUCUGGAUGACCAUGUUGACGAGCUAAGUGAUAUUUCAUCAGAUGAAGCGAGAGUUGAAGAGCUUAAUGAGACUUCUAAUACAAAUGAAGAACUUAAGCUUGUGCCUGAUCUGAAAGAUCACACAAAUAUGGCUGAUGAGCUAAAAGAUGCUAUAUCAGAAGAGGCUAGCAUUGAAGAGUGUAAUGAGUUUUCUAAUGCAAAAGAAGAGCUUGAUCUGAAAGACCAAUCAUCCCAUGAGGUUGAUGCAUCAUUCCUUAAGUUUGAAGGUAAUAACACUAAAGAGCCUGUGGAAGAGAAAGAAGGUUAUACAAGUGAGGAAAUAAUGCAAGAAAAUGACUUUAACUCUAAGGAUGAGGCAAACCUGGUUGGCAGUGAUACUGAACAUGAGACAUCCACAGAAAUGGAGGACCAUCUAGAUGAUUUUGCUUUGGUUCUGGAGGAUGAUAUAAACAGUGUCGAUAUGGAAUUCAGUGACGAGGAUUCUGAAACCAAGGUACAGGUGGAAGUUUAUGAGCAAAACAGCUCCAAUGACAAAUCAUCUGCCUUCAUUGAUGAUGACCAUGACGAGAAGAUUCAAAAGAGUGAAAAACAACCUCAGACACUAGAGGAGGCAAACCUUGAAGAAGACACCCUUGAAGAAUCCAGCAAAGGUUCAUGCCCAGGUGAAGAUCAGCUCAUGUCUGUUCAAGAGAAACACACCGCAGCUGCUAAUAAUGAUACUUCUGAUGUAAUGCAUGAUGAGAGUGAAACCAGGACUGUUGAGCAGAGUAUAGUGGUCCAACAAGAAGCUCUUGAUGUUUGUCAGGAUGAGUCAAAACCAACAGAUACUGUUGAACACACCAAAAUAGAUAUUAGUCAUUUGGAAAAAGGUGACGAAAGAGAUUUAAGCCAACAAGAUGCAUCUGAAUUCACUGAUGAUGCACUUGUUAACGAGAAUGAAACACAAAGCCAAGGUUCUUGUAAAGAUCAAAUAAGCGAAACAUACCAAGACUGCCUGUCUCUGAAAAUUUGUGCAUCACCCCCAAAUACCACGACUGACUCCCAUAAUGAAGCAGUUGCUCCUCAAGCUUUGACAAUCAACAAACCCUCAGAAGUAGAUGUAAGCAGCAUGUGCUCUACUCCAACUCAAGAUGAAAUUUCAUGUUAUCCAGAAGUGAACAAAGCAUUCCGGGAAGAGGAUUUGAAUAAGGAACUGUACAACCCAGAAGAUACUGAUCACACUGACAUGAAGCCACCUAAAAGUCCAGUAAGCUCCCAACCCCAUGUUUUUACCCAAAAGCCAUUAUCUGACUUCAAAGGACAUCAUGAAGAAAUCCACAAUGAUGAACUAAGGUGGAAGAGGAAGAAAUACCCUGGAACAAUGGAUUUUAAAGAUAAAUCUGCAAUAACUACUGAGCAUUCACCCAGUGAGGACUCUCUUCCGUUAAAGCACAAACUCUAUCCUGCCUCUCAACAAAAAGACGACGAGACCUGUAAUUUCAUAGAGGGUGCAUCUCAAAAUGAUUCUGAACUCUAUUACGGAGACGAUUCGCAUGGAUAUUACCAUAGAUCUGAUGAAAAUAUACAGUGGCAUGAUUACCAAACAGAGGAACCUGUUGACGACCAAUUGUACCAUUGCGAAAACGACUCGGGUGGGAACAAUGAUCAACCUGGUUGUUCUAAGCACAUCACAUCUGAAUGGGAGUAUUCGUACAAGCACAAAAAGCGUGCACAGGAAGAGACAGAUGACUAUUGUUGGGGAGAAAAGAAUUAUAAAUCAGACCCUUUCAAGUACCCAAUAAAGGUUACUUGUACUGCAGACUAUGAGACGGAAAUAGGCCGAAGUUCAAAAAAGAAGUCUAGAAAAAGGAAAUUCCAUGGUGCCUUCUGUCAAAAUGCUGAGUGGGACGAUGAAGACUUUUCCGAGAGCAGGCUAAAAACGUCAUACUUUGAAACUUAUCAGACAAAGCCAACUAGGUCAGUCAUAGUUAGUUCCCUUCCACAUGAUAAGCCAAGCAAGCAGCACUUUGACUGGCGCAGGUAUUUCAGAAGGGAGGUGACUUGCAGUCAAUUAUUAGAUGCGAGUGAGAGGGAUAACAAAUUCGACAUUCCACCCUCAUCCAUUGUCACCAUUUUGGACAGGAAAGGAAACCGUGUUACGUUCAAUAACUCUCCUACUAUGAAACCAUCUUUCGAUGGAAGUAGUUUGACUGAAGGUCUUGAGGACUCUUUUAAUGACUGGCAGGAACAGCAAAGCAAGGCUGAUGUGACCCGGUCUGCAAUUGAUCUUGAGUACCUAAUCUUCUCUGAAAAUAUUACUCGGGUUCUCAAAGAAACUAAGAACUCUGUCAGUACCACAUCACACUGUAGGUCAAAUCCUGACCCGGCUUUGUGUCCAAUGACUGUUCGGUUUUCAAAUCUCAGUGAAGUGGACAGCUCUGUUGAACUUAGUAAAGCACAGUCAUCACUUACUGAUUUUAAGAUUAAAGUGGACAUGUCUGACAGGAAAGAGAAAAACCGUCAACCACAUCUCCAAAGGCUUUUCUGUGAAAAAGGCAGUGAGGUUGAGUUCUCUGGGAUAUCAGAAAUAACCGAGCAAUGCGCUGUUGCGUACAAGUCCAUGAUGAACGAUGUCUGCAGUGGGAAGACUCUGCCUCGUCCAACUGAGACAAGAAAGAGGAAGUUUGGUCGAAAGAGCAUUGGCUGUCAUCCUGGACUCCGUGGGCGCAUCAAGAAAGAUGUUUUCGACAGUCCUCAUGACAAUCUGAAGACUAUUGUGAGACAAGCGUCUAAGACUAAGUACAGGUUCUAUAUCCUUGUCACAUCAACAGAUACCUUCUUUGAGGAAACCAAGAACCUUUUGGAGAUUGAGGGCCAUAUACCGGUUAAACCAGACGAGUUUGACCUCAAUGGUGAUGAUCAAUCUCCUCUGCUCAUUGUACUGAGGAAUGAGGACAUUGCAGAUCACAUAUGUGAGGUACCUCAUUUGCUGGAGUUAAAGAAGUCGCCCAGCGUCGUGUUUGCUGGCAUCGACCGACCUGAUGAUGUGGUGAACCUCACUCACCAAGAGCUGUUUGCUAAGGGAGGUUUUAUAGUAUGUGAUGAAUUGGCUCUCGACACACUCACUCUAGAUGACAUGAAGAAAGUUGUUGGCAUCCUGGAGGAGUUAGACAAGCAAGGGAAAUGGAAAUGGUUUCUGCACUACAGAGACAGUCGCAGACUUCGGGAGAAUGCAAGGUCCAGUCCUGAAGCAAGUAAGAAACAGCAGUUUAUCGAUUGCUGUCAGAAAGCUGGCGUAAUCGAGGUCUUGCCGUAUCAUGACUGUGAUGUCAUGUCACGGGAACGACCCGACUACCUCUUCUGUUUGACUCGACUCCAGAUUCAAAACGCCUCUGUUAGGUUUCCUGUGUUCAUUACAGACACCCCAACUGAAUCUUUUGGAACAAACGGAAUUUUAACAAUGAACAUUUACACAUUCUCACGGAUUCUUUCAAAUGAUACUUGUUCUGUGUCAUAAAUUGGUGUUUUUUUUUUUUUUUUUUUUUUUUUUUUAAUUCAAAAUCCAAUAUCUUACCAUUGGUAAGUUCAACUGUGUUCAUAGAAAUAAUUUAUUGUUUAUCGUAAACGUUUAUCUAUAUUACUCACAUGUUAAUUGCUCACCGUUUAUAAGCUUUCCAUUGAGAGCUUUACCGUCUAUAACACAAUGAAAAUGUACAAAUUUAGGUCAUGAAAACGUUUUAGUAUGUUUUAACCUGACGUUGUUUUUUUAUAGAUGAAAUUUGACUGAAACUCUAAUAAAAGAGCAGAUUUAA